GCAACAGUGUGAGAGCGCGCAGGACUUAAAGCUGCUGUUGAUGUGUCGCAGAUUUUAAAAACUGAGAGAGGCAGGCAGCAGGAGCAGGCGUGAGGGGGAAGAAGCGAAGGCAGAAAAACAAGCGAGCGGCCGCUGUGACCCUGCGAGGGUUUUCCCCACACAAACUCGUCUUUAAAUAGUAUCUGUUAUUUUAAUUUUUGCACUGCGACAAAAAACAACAACAAAAAAGCCAACAAAAACAACAACAACAACCGAAAAAGCAUAGAUACCCAGUUCGCGUCCUGCUCAGGAGUCAGCGAUCAGCGAUGGAGCUGUCUUCAAUUGGAGACCAAGUGUUUGCAGUGGAGUCGAUAACAAAUAAGAGGGUGAGAAAGGGUGCUGUGGAGUAUCUAUUGAAAUGGCAGGGAUGGCCCCAAAAGUACAGUACCUGGGAACCAGAGGACAAUAUUUUGGACCCUCUCCUUGUUCUGGCCUACGAGGAGAACCGGGAGAAGAUAAGAACUCUGACCUAUCGCAGGAAAGGUCUUAGACCGAGGAGGCCCGUCCUGCGGAAUGUCUUUGCCAUGGACCUCCGCAGCGCUCACAAGAUGACGGAGAAGCCUCCGCCCCGCAUUCGCCUCUCCCUCACCCGCUCCAUGAGCACAGACGUGGACCACGUUGAGCGCGGCAGCAUGUACCAGCGCCAGGUGAGGAGGAAUGGCCGGCAGAGGGUGGCCAAAGGAGGGCGAGAUGGCAAACGCAUGCAUCUGCAGAAGAAGAAGAUAGAGCCCAUGGAGGAGGACUGGGGCGGCACCAGUGAAGAAGAGAAGUCUGAGAGCACCAUGGGGGAGAGAUGUGAAGGCAGUUUAUAUGGCCUGUCAGAGUGCAGCUCACCUGCUCUGCUCGAGCAACAUGACCUGGAGCUGGAGGUGGGGGAGAAGGUGGGUGGUGACCUGAUGCCGGUAAGCUCGCACACGUGGAUCGACAUCAUGGGCGAGUGCGAUUCGACACCGAAGCCGAUGCUUGUGCGCAGCCAAUCAAAGGACAGCGCCUCUGCAUCUGAGGCCAGACUGGGCGAUGCGGUUUCUGUGAGUGACAGGUCAGAUUCGGACAGAGGAGAGGAGGGCUGGGAGUCGGGCCCGGAGAGAAGCAAUGCAACCUCAGUGAUAGUGAGCAUUCGGGGGAGCAGAGGGACGGCAGGUGACGCCGCUACCGUCUGCUCCCUGGCUGAGGUGAGGAAGGAGGAAGCGAGAGGCGACGAUUCGAUCGUCGCCCCAGAGACUGCUUCCCCAACAGCAGACCAGCCGGAGACCGUCAUCUUGACAAAAGUGACUAUAAACUCUGUGACGGUGACGUUUAAAGAAGCGAGGGUGGCCGAAGGCUUCUUUAAGGGCUACUGAACAAGGGUGACGAGUGGCACCGAGAGCUCAGAAUAACCAUAAUUAGACUUGCCACUCAUUUUGUACAUGUAAAACGGUCACGUAUGUAAGAUAACUCUACAUGUUUACAAAGCUACAUUCAUUUCUCGCUGAGUUCGGUGAAGAAAUUCUUGCCUUUGCAUAAAAAGUGAGUGGUAAUUUUAUUAUUGUGGCUCAUUUAUUAGAUGUGAUAGGAAGCCUGAAGCCCUUAAAGAAAAGUGCUCCAAUUAUCCAUAAGAAUCCAGCGGACUAAAUAGGUCUCUGGCUGGUUUCUUCCCCGGAGCCGCUGGGUUUACCGAGAGUGAGACACACGUGAGACAGCAGCCUGAAACGAUGCAGUUCAGAUAACUACUCAGAUGCAGCUACUUUUCUCAGUGCUUUCCAGCAAGACAUCGGUCUCACACUCAGAUCGGUUCUCGGGGCCCGUUUUCAGUCGCUCCUCUUUCUUACAAAUGAUUUUGUAAAGAUGUUUCUUUUGUCAUUUAAUUUUUUUAGUAUUUGCACAGAGCUAACCGCAUGCCCUGUCAGUCUGUGCCACACAUGCUCAAAGCCCUGUCCUGUGCUUUGUUGAAGAGGUUUAUUUCUGUCACAAAAGCAAGAAAAAAAAAAAAAAAAAAAAAAGACAGAGAAUUAAUGCCUGUCGCUUAGAUGAAGUUCUGCGCUUCAAGGAGGAUGGAUGCACAAAAACAAGUACUCAGCCGUGUUCGCCGUUUGUCUGUCCCUUUAUUUUUCAAGUAUGAAAUGCUACCUGGUUCUAUUUUUGUAUUACCAUUUGAUAGUCCACUCUCUUCACUAGCCUUUGUGCAUAUCAAAACAGGAGGUGUCGUUUUACUCAGCUGCUGUGUAGGUAAUGUGCAAAUGAAAGCAAGUGUACAUUAAGCCGGACCGUAGUGCGCUUUUAUUUAUUGCAUGUCACACGUAUAAGCUAAACUAACUUAUGUCACUCGGUGUGUCCAAACGAGUCUCUUUCUCUCUGACAAACAUGAAAUGUCAAAGAUGUCUUCUCUCUUAAAAAAGACAUUUUUACUUUGACUCUAUUUCCAAUAAAUGUGUACAACAGUA